CGCCACCCGGCUCCGCCUCUCCCGGCGCAGCGCUCAGUCCUGGAGCGCCGCUCGGCUGCCAGAAGGGAGCUGCCACCUGCUCCGGUGCGGGUGCGGAGUCGUUCCUCGCUGCGCGCCGAGAGGGAGAGCAGCCGCCCCGCCGCCCGCGCCCGGGAAGUUACUGCUGCUCCCGCCGCCGGGGGAGAGCCGCCGCUGCUUCUUCCCGGCCUCGACGAGGGAGAAGUCGCUGCCGCGCUCCGGUGCGAGAGGGAAGAACCCCCGCGGGCGCGCCGCCCCGUUCCGCCGCUGCCUCCCGGUCCCGCCGCGGGCAGGCGGGAUGAUGGAGCCCCCCGCCGCCGCCGCCUGCGCCUCCUGCCGCCGCCGCCCACUGCCGCCCCUGCUCUGCCUCCUGCUCGCAGCUCUCUGCCUGCCCCCAGGUGAGCGCCCGCCCGCGGGAAGCGGUGGCCACGGCCGCGCGUAACUUGGCGGAGGGGAGGCCGAGGCGCCGGUGGCGGUGCCUGCCCGCCGCUCCGGGGAGCGCCCCGGCACCUACCGCGGACUCCCUGCUCGCCGGGGGUCGCUCCUCACCGGUGGUGCCCGCCGCAUCCCGCUGCUCUUCUGGAGGAGAGCGGUCCUCUCCUACCCUCCGAGGGUGCGCCGGCAGAUGCCGUCUCUCCUGUGGGAAAGGCAGGAGCUGCCCCAGCGCUCUGGGAUUGUACACAGUAAAUGCAAUAUAUGGAGACACUAUUACUAUGCCUUGUCCUCUAGAAGUACCAGAUGGACUUAUGUUUGGAAAAUGGAAAUACGAAAUGCCAAAUGGAUCUCCAGUAUUUAUUGCCUUCAGAUCAUCAACAAAAAAAAAUGUACAGUAUGAUGAUGUACCAGACUACAAAGACAGGUUGAGUCUCUCAGAAAACUAUACAUUAUCCAUCAAGAAUGCAAGAAUCAGUGACGAAAAGAGAUUUGUAUGUAUGCUAGUUACAGAAGAUGAUGUUUCCGAAGAGCCAACGAUAGUCAAAGUUUUCAAACAACCCUCUCAACCAGAAAUCUUACAUCAAGCAAACCUCUUAGAAACAGAGAAGCUACAAAUGCUCGGGGAGUGCGUUUCAAGGGACAGUUAUCCCGAGGGCAAUGUCACGUGGUACAAAAAUGGGAGAGUUCUGCAGCCCGUGGAUGAUGUUGUGGUCAUAAAUUUGCAAAAGAUUGUGGACAGAACAACCGGACUCUUCACCAUGACAUCGUCUCUUCAGUACAUGCCAACAAAGGAAGAUGUAAAUGCCAAGUUCUCUUGCAUUGUGACUUACUAUGGACCAUCUGGCCAGAAGACAAUGCAGUCUGAACCAGUUGUCUUCGAUGUUCACUACCCAACAGAGAAGGUGACUAUUCAAGUGCUGCCACAAAGUAGUACCAUUAAAGAGGGCGAUAACAUCACUCUGAAGUGCUCAGGAAAUGGCAACCCUCCUCCACAGGAGUUCCUGUUUUACAUUCCAGGAGAAACAGAAGGUAUAAGAAACUCAGAUACUUACGUAAUGACAGAUGUGAGACGAAAUGCAACAGGAGAAUACAAGUGCUCUCUGACUGACAAAAGCAUGAUGGACUCGACCACCAUCACUGUGCACUAUCUGGAUUUGCAGCUUACUCCUAGUGGAGAAGUCACAAAACAGAUUGGAGAGGCCCUGCCUGUGUCAUGCACAAUUUCUUCUAGUAGAAAUGCAACUGUGUUUUGGAUAAAGGACAAUACCAGAAUGCAAACAAGUCCAUCAUUUUCAAGUCUUCAGUAUCAAGAUGCUGGAAACUAUGUCUGUGAAACUACUCUGCAGGAGGUCGAAGGACUGAGGAAAAGACAGACACUUAAACUUAUUGUGGAAGGAAAACCCCAAAUCAAAAUGACCAAGAAAACCAACACAAAUAAAAUGUCUAAGACAAUUAUCUGCCAUGUGGAAGGUUUCCCCAAACCAGCAGUGCAGUGGACAGUUACGGGCAGCGGAAGCAUCCUAAAUAAAACAGAGGAGACAAAAUAUGUUAAUGGGAAAUUUUCCAGUAAAAUUGUAAUUGCUCCUGAGGAAAAUGUAACUUUAACUUGCAUUGCAGAAAAUGAGCUAGAAAGGACUGUGACCUCCAUGAACGUCUCUGCUAUAAGUAUUCCAGAAUAUGAUGAGCCAGAGGAUAGAGGUGAUGACAAUAGUGAAAAGGUUAAUGACCAGGCAAAGCUAAUAGUGGGAAUUGUGGUUGGUCUUCUGCUGGUUGCUCUGAUUGCAGGUGUUGUCUACUGGCUCUAUGUGAAGAAAUCAAAUGACGCCAAAGGAAAGUCUGAGAAGGCAGCAGCACAGAACUUUCCAAGUCUGCCGAGGCAAGAAAAACAUUACUUUUUUUGUUAUUGGUGUUGUGGUUUGUAUAAUCUUCUAUUGUCUUGUCAUCCACACUAAGUAGGAAUUAUACUUGUAGCCUUGGAAUAUAGUCACAAUAAAUCACUUGUACAGUUACUCACUGCCUAGCUUUACUUGAUGGAAAAGCUGAUUAUUGCCACAUAUUCUUUUCGGUGUGAAUAUUAUCCCAUAAAUCAGAGACUCAUCUGUAUUCCACAUCCUGCAUCCAGCCUCCUCUUGAAUAAAGAGUUGAGGUUACCGACCCCAGCAUGCCUUGUUUCUCCUUCAUCUGAGCAGAAGGCCAAACAGUUGUUCUCUGCAGAUUUCUCCUUUUUUCCAAAAAGGAUGCUGUAAACUAAUCUGUACUGAACAGAAUAUAACUCAGCACUUUAAAAUCUUUGUAAAAUUUUUGUGUCAAGCAUCAGUUGAGAGAUUACACGACACCCAUGUUAGGUAAAUGCUUCGUAUAUGAAAUUUUCACCUUGCCAGAAAAAGCUGAGGGUACAACAGAAAUGAAAGAUUUGGAAAGGAAAUAGUGCACUCAGCACCCUGUCCCCAGCUCUUUAGUCAUGGAAGUUGGUAUGUAGUUGGAUCUUGGCCCCGUUUUUAUCCCUGUAGUUGGGAGGUGCCCAAAUCUCAAGUCAUAUGAGGCUAGAUGAAGGUUAAAGUGGUUCAACAUCUGAUGGACAUCACGUCAGCUGGGCCAGCUGAAUCACAGCAGCAGUCUUAAAGUUGUUCACACUCAGAGCACAUCAAACUCUUGAAAUGUUUCUUAGGUCACAGUAGUGACAAUGGUUAUUGGCAUCUCUGAAAGUGAGCACUUGAAGCAUAACAGUUCUGCUUUUCCGAUACUUUAUAGCAAAUGAGCGUGAGUCAGAUGCGGUGGGCCAAAGAUAUGAGAAACUCACUAUGUUUUCAACAAGACUGAGCAUUUGUAUUGGUUUUCACUCAGUUCCCUUUCAGAGAAAAGACAUAGUUACCAAACAUCUCUGAAAGUGUCAGCUCAUAACACAAAUCUAAUAUAAAAGUAACACAAAUUAAAAACUGUCACACAUUUCUUGAUGACUGGAAUAUCUGGAUUAUGUUUCUAAUAUCUCUGUGGUUUUUCCUACUGAUGGACAUUUAAAAAUAAUUGGAGGAAGUGGUAGGCAAGAUUGGAGUAAAUAAGGAGGUUGCAGCUAGUCCAGAUUGGGAUGUAUAAAACCAUUUGCUCCUAGAAAAUAAUCUGCAACAGUGCAGUUGAGUGUAGCUUUAAGAAAAUGCAUGGCUCUUGCUUCAGCACCCAGAACUACACAGAUGUGUAUCAUUUUACCUGUCAUUAUCACAAGGCUGGCUAACAAGGACAAACAGCACUGCAUACUUUCUUCCUUAAAUAGUGUUGAGGGCAAGGCUUAGACUUGUGAGAUUAAAAGACAUCAGAAAUUAAAACCUUAACAACAAUUUUUGAGUCACCUAGAUGUAGUCUGUAUUUACACUGCAGCAGGCAAAACAAUUAUCAUGGAAAAUGGUCAUUUUACAAACAAUGCUGUGAACAGUAUCUGAAUAAGAUCCAUGAAAAUAGUGGCCUCACAGCACACACACUCCAAAGAAUGCUGAAAAUCUCACUUUGGUACUACUUACAGAGAGAUUUUGAUUAGGAUUCCCUGAGGAUAAUUAUUUUCCUGAAGAGCAAGCAUAGAUAAAUAUUAAAUACGAGUCAUAAUUUCUGCAAGAGCUCAGGAUGAUCCAUGAUUUACAAAUUAAUUUAAAGGGAAAAAAAAAGAAAAGUGAGUAAACUCAUAUUUAUACAACCAGCUUCUCACUCUUCAGAACAACACUGUCAAAGGUGUGGGCUUAUUUUGUGGAGCUGCAGACAGUGACAGUGUGAGAGUGCUCCAGGUCUGGGUAAAGUGCGCUGUCUUCCCUUUUGGGUAAAUCCUUGGGAAUAUUUCUAUAUGUUCAGACUCCAUUGCCCAGCUACUCAAAUAUUGUGAGGAAGUCGAUCUUGAGUUGCAGAUGGAGCAAGCUGGCAGGAGUUAAUGCACAGAAAACAUGCAUUAAAAGGAACAACUGUUGUUGAAUGUUAAGCUGGAAAAGGACCACUUGUCCUGUGCCUGGAGUCACCUCAGGAAGUGAUGGAACCCCUGUUCUGAGACGUUUCUGUUACAAACCCAAGCAUAUCUGUCUAGCCCUGGGGACUGGUGCCAUGCCAGGGGUGGCUGCUCCUUUGCUGUUGGCAGAACACUGCCUGGGGACCACACUUGUGAGCUAAAUAACUCCUGGGUCUCUUAAUGACACUACUUGGAUAGCACUAAAAAAAGCUGCAGCAUUGUUUGUGCUGAGGUGGUGAUUCUGCCUAGAUAAUGGCAUUUGGGGAACAAAAAAACAGGUCAGCAGGAUCACCGAACCAUCAUAAAAAAAGAGCUGCAUUUCAGUCUCGGGCAUUGAGAAUCAAAAUCCAUCUGAUUGUCAGACAUGAAAAACUGCUGCUGCUCUCAUUUCAAGCAAGUGGUUUGUAACAUCCUCCAAAAGAGUUCUGGAGUGCUUGCCUCUUUGAAAGUUAGUGUUGCCCUUUAAGUCUCCCAUUUUUGCCCAAUGUGGCUUUAGGAAAAUAAAGGUGACAUUUAAUUUGACUGUAUAUAGAACUAAAAUUGAUUAAGUUAAAAAUAUUCAAUGACUAACAAUCAGGAGAUUCUGAAUGUGAUCAGGUUUUGAUUUUUAAGGUAAUCUAAGACGAGACAGUUCUCUCUGCUGUUAAGUGUCAGGUCAUAUGAGAUUCAGUCUGAUUUGGGUACUGUAAAACUGGUGAUAAGAAGCCAAAACAAAAGGAUCUCAGUGAGCCAUGCCAGUAGUCUAUUCCCUCUCCAAGAGCAGACAUUAGCAGUUAUAUGAGGACAGAUGUGCAUGGUACUGCUUUCUCACAUCCAACUCACUUCAGCUCAGGUAAUUGCCUGAGUCCAGAUUCUUUCGGCUGUUCAUCUCUUCCCCUAUUGUCUCCAAUUUCGUGAGACUUAUUUAUGGAAAUGACUCAUUAGCCACAUGACAAGCCAAAUUAUGUGCUCAACCUAAACCAAACAUGUUUUAAAUGACAAACUUUUUUUAAUUUUCAAGGGAUUUUUUUGAGGGGUUGUUUCUAUUUUGUUAGGAUUAAAGAGAUUUGUGAAAGGUUAUUAAGCUCACAGAAGGUCAGUCCCUACCAAAGCAUUGAAUUUUCUUCUUCAUUGCAUUUCAUCUUCCCUUUUAUUCAUGUCAUGUGUUUCAGGUUUUUAAUACCAGAAAAAAUAGAUUGUUACUGCACAAUAGAAAUUUACCACUGCAGAACAAGUUACUUUGUAAUACCAUCUCAGCACUUUUAAAAUUAAAUUUGCCUGUAAUGAAGAGGAGCUCAGAUCUUUGCAGUAAAUGGGUUUUCAGCAUGAUACCUUCCUAUCAGUCACACAGAUAUAACAGAGGCACCCUAAACCAACAGCAAAAGAUAAUGCAGCUUUAAAAUAUUAAAACUUGUGGCCCCUCAGGAAAUGACCUUCUCUAAAACUGAAAAGAUUUCAGAGUGGUCCCUUUCAGUGCAGCCUGUGGGAUUUGGGAUCCAGAGUCCCAUCCUCCCAAGGCACUCAAGCUGGAGAGCAGCAUUUCAGUAGCACUCCCAGAGGUGGGGAGGGGUUAGGUGCAUUUGCACCGCCCCAGGAGCUCUUCAGAGACAAGAACUAAGCUUCCCUGCCUCAGCAGCAUUGCUCCAGGGUCCUUAGCCUAGGGCAUGUCUGGCGUGCAGCUGCUCUCCCGGCCUUUGCUCAGAUGGAGGAUGUGCACAGGAGCGCUCCUCUAGCAAUAAUCCCGCCCACUGGUCCGGUCUGGUCCGUGCACUCCUGCAUGGUGUCAGCGUGAUAUGUCACACUCCCCAGCCUGUGUCUUCAUUGUACUUUGCGAGUCAGCGUCGCUCCGGGUCUGUACCCUGAAGCAAGGGUGAGCAUAUGCAUCAGUCUCUCACAGCAGACCGUACUUUUCUGUAGAGGAAACAAAUUAUCUGUCGAGAAAAUGCGGAUACGAUAAUCUGCUUUGACACAAGGGAUUUACUUUGUCUCACUCAAACAUAUUUGCCCAUUUACAUUUUAAAAAUUGGGGCCUUCAAAAUGUUAUCACAGCACUGCAGGAAUCUUUCACCUUGGCAGACAGUGAGGCUUCUCACAGAUUAAAUGAAUGGCAUAGUGGUUUUAUUGUGCUAAGCUAAACUAAGCACUUAACUCAUUAAUUCAUCACCGCUACUUGCAUUAAGGAAGACCUGCUAUUUUAAAUGAGGCAUACCUCUUUCCCCCACCCCCCCAAACAUUUACACAAUCUCAUCUUGACCCAGAGCUUGUCAGUCAUAGCUAACACAGACCUACAAGCCAGAGUGAGAUGUUUGUUCAGUGGUGCCAGAAUUUUCAUGAAUUUCUCCACAUUUAAAGAGCUUCCGUUUGGCAGGGGCUCUGAAAUAAUUACUACAAAUACACAAAAGAUUGCAGUGUUGAUCAAGAUAUUUUAGCCACACUUGUAAUGCUUUUAGUAUGCCUUAAAGCAGAUUCAUGUUUAUUGAAACAAGCUGCACAGUUACUUUGUCACGAAACAUGGAUCUCCACAACUGGUUUGACCUUACUAAAUGUAUGCUACCUCCGAGUAAUUCUGAAUUCCUCAAGAGGUAGAUCAACACACAGAGCCCUGCUGCAAUACUUCCUGUGGUACUCACAGUAGUGGGAGAGCUGGUGUCACUGGCCUAUUUACAGACAUAUGCAAACCUGUUGCUCUGCUCAGAACAGAACUGUCAGAAUUUUCUGUUCACUGUGAGGGGAGGAGGCAGUGUCAUUAAUAUGAGUAUGGAACAAAAUGCUGUAGACAUGCAAAAAAUGACCUUCCUUUACA